UGGAGCUGCUGCCUCCUCCUCCUCCUCCUGCUGCCGCUGCCGUGCCCGCAGCCGCUGGAUGCGCCGGGAGCCGAGCGCUGCCCGCGGCUCGGCGCGGCCGGAGCGGCGCGGGGGACGCGCUCGGGGAGGAUGCGGGGCUCGGGCAGGAUGCGGGGCUCGGUCCUGCGCGUCGCGGUGCCGCUGCUCGGCUGCCUCCUGGCCGCGGCAUCCAGCACCCGGCCGGAAUGCAGCAUCAUGCAGGAGAUCGAGGAGGAGCGCAGCCAGUGCUUGGCAGAGCUGACCUGGGACAACCAGACCUCAGGCUGCAGGAGGCAGUGGGACAACAUCACGUGCUGGCCUGAAGCAGAGGUGGGAGAAGUCGUGGUACGGCCAUGUCCCAAGUACUUCAGGUUCCUGACCUCCUUCCUGGGGAAUGUGACCAGGAAUUGUACAAGCCAGGGCUGGUCAGAUGUGUACCCUGCACCCUACGCCGUAGCUUGUGGAUACGAUUCCAACAGCACUCCAGGGGAGGAGCAAACGGCGUUCUACGGAACAGUCAAGACCGGCUACACCAUCGGACACACCUUAUCCCUCAUUGCCCUCACGGCUGCCAUGAUCAUUCUGUGUCUCUUCAGAAAACUACACUGUACUCGAAAUUACAUUCACAUGCAUCUCUUCAUGUCCUUCAUCAUGAGAGCCAUCGCAGUCUUCAUAAAGGAUGUCAUCCUGUUUGAAAGUGGGGAGUCCGAGCACUGCUUUGUGAGUUCAGUAGGCUGCAAGGCCAUGAUGGUUUUCUUCCAGUACUGUGUCAUGGCCAACUUCUUCUGGCUGCUGGUGGAGGGGUUGUACCUUCACACCCUGCUGGUCAUCUCUUUCUUCUCCGAGAGGAAGUACUUCUGGUGGUACAUCUUAAUCGGCUGGGGUGCCCCCUCCGUUUUCAUCACUGCCUGGACUAUUGUCAGGAUUUACUUUUUCGAUGUUGGGUGCUGGGAGGAAGUAGUGGAAUCCCCAUUCUGGUGGAUCAUUAAAACUCCUAUUUUGGUGUCUAUUUUGGUGAACUUCAUCCUCUUCAUCUGCAUCAUCCGUAUCUUGGUCCAGAAGCUGCAUUCCCCAGAUGUUGGGCACAAUGAAACCAGCCAAUACUCGAGGCUGGCCAAGUCCACUCUGCUGCUGAUCCCUCUCUUUGGCAUUCACUACAUCAUGUUUGCUUUCUUCCCUGACAAUUUCAAAGCAGAAGUGAAGCUGGUCUUUGAGCUUGUGGUUGGGUCGUUCCAGGGAUUUGUGGUGGCUGUUCUGUACUGCUUUCUCAAUGGAGAGGUCCAGGCUGAGCUCAAGAGGAAGUGGCGGAGGUGGCACCUGGAGCGGUUCCUGGGCUCGGACAUGAAGUACCACCACCCUUCCCUGGGCAGCAAUGGCACCAACUUCAGCACUCAGAUCUCCAUGCUGACCAAGUGCUCGCCAAAGACGCGCCGCUGCUCCGGGUUCCAGGCCGAGUUCUCUCUGGUGUGAUGGGGAGAGGCUCCCCAGGCACUGAGCAUCCAAAACUGAGACACAAGGAUCCCCGGGAAUCAGUGAUCCCAUGACAAAUCCCUGUGAAAUGACCUGCUCCACAUGAGCCAACAGAGGACACACAACUGGAAAAGCCGCUGGCAUCCAGAACGAGAUCGGACAAGCCAAGAGGCAGAGGAACACUUUUGCUCUGCCUCUUUUCAGGCCUUUCACUCUUCAGUUUCAAGCCCUUGGGGGUUGAUAACUCUGAGGAAUGGUCCCAGUUCCUUGAGGACAGCCUGGGAGAUGCUGAUGUGUCAUAAAUAAUGAAGUACAGGGGGUAAGGGAGGGAGAGCCUCAGUCCUCAGUGGCUUUACCAGAACUGGCAUCUCUGAAAAAGAUAAAUUGCACUUUUAAAAAAAACAAAAAUGAGCCAGUAAAGGAGAGACAGGAAGCAGGGAAAAAAAAAUGCCAAACGUAUGGAUGUGCCAAAAUUCCUGUGGAUAAGAGGUGAUGAUACAGCACCAAAGACGGUGUUGGGGACACGGGGAGAAGGGACAGGAGGAACGUGAGCACAAAGGGAGAGGCCAGCGCAUGGCCCCUGCAUUUUACACAGGUGGAGAUGAAGCUGCAGGACCAGGAAAGCCCCUCAGAGGAUGCCCCGGUGUGUUCUGCUAAUUCCCCUCCAUCCCUGGGGGAGCAGAAGCUUUCCAGACACCCUUGGGGGCCCUCAGGAAGAGCAGAUCCCUGAGAAGGACCGGCGUGAGGACGCCCUUCUCUGCACUGUGUUUGUGACAUGGUGUUUUGCUUGGUUGUGUUCCAUGAACAGGAAACUCGAUUUGCAUGUAUAAAAACCAGGGCCAGAUGCCAAAAGCGGAGCACGGCUGUGUUUUUUCAUUCUCUCCCUAAGUUCUCCCUUAGAUCUCGGUGCAUGGAUGCACCCAGGAUCGUCAGGGACCAGGGGGAAAUAAUUGGGCUGUAAUUCAUUUGCACUCGCUUAGCACACACUGCCAGGAAAAGGAGAUAUAGGGCCCUGUAAUCCCUAAUUGAAUCAGAGCUGCCAUAAGGAGCUACUCUCCAGAUGAAAAAAUUAACGUCACAGCAGCGGGUAAAAUUUCUUUCAUCAGAACAAGGUUGUCUCAGCACACAACUGGCACUCCAGGAGGGAGGAAGGAGUGAAGGAGCUAUUAAAUUGGUUUCUCCUUCAGGUUUUGUGGGGAGCUCUCAUCCUACAUGAAGGCAUUGUUAGAUCUUUAGGACAUGUGUGCAUUUUACCUCUUUUCUGAAGGCCUGCUAGUUUCCUUCUAGGAGCCUACUUGAAGAACGCACAUGGAUCCCAUUAAAAACAAGGAAGUAGGGGUUUUUUUAAUUCUUGUUUUCAUGGUGGAGAGGCAAAGGAGAGAUGUUAAGUCCAGUCCUGCUCAUUAGAGGCAACCCCACAGUCCCAAACUCAGUCAGAAGACAGAAAACACACAGAUACAGACACUCAUGUUUGUGUCCCACCCAACUGCAUCAAGUGGGGUUGAAAACAUUUAAUGCUGAGGGUGGGAAAUCCCAGCCCAGCUCACACGUACCCUCAGUAACUGGGCUGCUGCCAUCCUACUAAAACAUGUCCUUGUGGAGGAGGUCUGGGUCACCAGCACCAGCACCUGGAGAGGAAGGUGGGCUCCACUUUUAGAGUUCAGAGAUCUCAGCUUACCCACUUUUAUUUCUCCACAAUGAAAUGCAGCUCAUUGGAGGGGAGCAUCUGCAGCCUGGUGGGAUUCUGGGGGUUGUUUUUCUCACUUCUUUGCUUGCCUUAAGCACCUGUGAUGCCAACAAACCACGUUGAGCCCAGGAGGAGACUUGCAGAUCAGGACAUCCAGUUCCUUUGAGUCCUGACAGGGCAGUAUUCCAUGCCAUAGCCAUUCCCAGAGCCUGUUAGCAGUUGAGCUGGAUGCUUCCAAAGGAUUUCUCUGGGUGUGGGACUGAGAACAGUGCGGGGGGCUGGAGUCAGAAAGGGGCAUGAGAAACUGUGAUGCACCAAGGGCAAACUUGCAGUUGUGAGUUUUUAGGGAGCUUGCUCAGGUCCUGUCACAGUGUAGCUGUGGCUACCCAGCCUGUAGGUCCUAAGAGGAUAGGAAGAUGUGAAAAUUCUUGGAAUUACAGUGCUGGUGACCCCAGGCUGGCCAGGUGUGAGCCAGCUUUGUUAUGACUACUUUACACUGAGCCCAUAACAGCAGUGAGGAUCCAACUCUGACAUUCCAUACGAUCAUCAAAAUGCGGUCCCCUGAUUCCCAAAAUGCAGAGAAAGCAAGAGGGUGUUUGAAAUUUCCCUACUUUCCUUGCAUUGAAUCCCUUAUGCCUUGGCACCCCUGAAACAAUAUCCCACUGAAAUCCAUGAGGUUCUCAGAGGCAAAAAACCUUUUUUUUCAAGUGGUCAUGGCCAGAGUUCCAAGAAGAGUUUGGACAAUGCUAUCAGGCACUUGGUGUGAUUUUUGGGGUUGUCCUGUGCUGGGCCAGGAGUUGGACUCGAUGAUCAUUGUGGGUCCCUUCUAACUCCAGAUAUUCUGUGAUUGUCUUUGGUGCUUGUGUUGCUCUGCUGAGAAUUUUCAGACCUGGAUUGGGAUUCACCCAGGAAAUACUGGAGAAAUCCCACCAGUACCACCAGUUCUUCUCCUGUGCCUGGUUCAAAGCAAGGAUUUGACCUGGAUUUUUCCAGCUGAAUGGCUGACUUCAAGGAAGCCCAGAAGCAGCAAGGGAAAACUCUGUCUCAGCUUCUAAGUUGUUCCGCUUGGUGUAAAAUGCUUUGUCUCACUGGUUCAGAGUUUGAAGCAGUGUCAGUCUGGGAAAGAUUGGAUUCAUCAGGCUGCAAAGCCACUCCCUCUCUUCAUCGGGUAACUAUUUAUGCCCAGCAAAACUGAUGGGCUGCAGAGGAGACCUGCCCAGUCUUAGGAAUGCAUCCACUGAGGUGCCUCAGGUGUGAACUGGAAUUUCAGGUCCCAGACAAGCAGCAGAGAAGCUGGAGCACAGAGCUGUAGAGCAGAAGUGAAGCACCACUGCCAGCAGCCUCCUUUGUGGGAUGUGAGGGAAUCCCUUCCCAUCUGUUCCGGGCAGCCUUGCUGGGGGAAGGCCCACGAGCCAUCAGCACUGAGUCACACUGUGCAUUUUCCCUCUGGUCUUCACCUUCCUUCCCCUCUCCCUGCACUCCCUUUUCCUCCCCACGUGCAGGACUCUCUGCUGUGUGUUUGCAGCUUCUCUCGUGUUCCAGCCCUGUGCUAACCCGUGCCAGCACCAGCCAUAUGCCAAGGACAGCCAGGAAAGGUUUGCUUUUUGGAGACGUGACAGGGAAAACCCCAUCUGGUUAUUUACCCUCACCACAGGCUCCUCUGCAGCCUGGCAGAUUCACCACCAGGCUAUUCUGCAUGGGAGCCUGAAGAUGGGAUGUUUCCUAAGCUGAGGGGAUCCUUCAAGAAGUGUGGAGUACAUCAGCAUGCCAGAACUGUGCCCCCAGGCAUCCCACUCACAAUUAUUUCAUUACUGAACAUCCAGCCACGUCCCCUUUCUGCUGUCAGGGGUGGUUGAGAGAUUAAAUGAGUGUGCUGGAUAUACCUGCUGUGACAGGCAUGGCAAUGUCAGUGAUGCAGAGCUGCCAGCCCAGCUGCCUUGGCCUCAUGUUCCAGGAAAACAGAGGAGCUGGGGGGUGAAAUCAGAGCUUUUCACUCUGGGGGCGUGAGCAACUGAGUGAAUGAUGACCCUGGGAUCAGGCCCUAUUUAACUGGCUUAGUGCAGGAACUUGGCUCCAUAACUUGGCCUUGUCUACUCUGUUUUUCAUCCAACUCAUCAAUGAAAUGGAGUUCAAUGACUUCACUGCAGAUGACAACAUGGAGCAAGCUGUCCUGGCCCCGUGGCCUGGCCCCAUGUCCUAGCCCCACACAGAGCACACAACAGAGCUCAGCACUUUUGCUGCUCCCCCAGCACCAGCCUGACCCCCCUGACCCCAGCAUAACACAAGACUGACUCCAGUAGGGCAACUGCAUCCAUUUGCUGCAAAAUAAGAUACGAGGUGUACCUCUUAGGAGGUAUUAAAACUUCUUCUGCCUCUGUUGAAAGGCACAGAUGUGUUUGAGGAUCAUGAAUUUUGACUCUGCAUAGAAAUAGAGCCAAAUUCUGAUCCUGCUUGCACCAAUCAGUUCACUGCAGUGACUCCUGAAUUACACCAGCAUUUAUUUGGGAUAUGCCUUCAAAAUAAUUCCUUUUCCUUCAUUCUGGAGCUGUUUACUCCCUUUUUCUAUCAGUGAGAGAGCAAGCCCCUCCUGUUUAGUGCUUCAGUAAUUUUAUUAUUAAAAAUUAUUAAUAAAUAUGGAACAACUACAUUAUAAACAACAAAUUAUUGUCUCAAGGUCUAAGACACAAGGUUCAAUGCUAACAUUAGACUGUAGAUAUUUCUGUUCAGCUGGGACCUGUGUUGCUUAGUGACCCUUUCACAAGCAGCAAGAAAUGAGAAUAUGACAUGGUUUAGGGUUUAGAAAAGAAAUUCAGUUGCAGAAUUUUAGGGGCACUAAAAUGAACCAAGUUUUUAAAAUCAGAGUUGUGUGUGCAGCAGCAGCAGCAUUGCUGCAGUUGUGGAAUGAAAAAGGGAAAAGCCCAGGAGAUGAAGCACCUGAGCAUUUUGUUUUAUUUUUGGUUUGUUUGGGGUUUUUUGCUAGGAAACAAGUUAUAUUUUUCUCAAGGAAGGUAUCACUGGAGAAAAGAUGCUUUGUACAUGAACGAAUCAUCAGAUUUCCUUCUUUCUCAAUAUCCCACUGGGUUCCCACUCAUCUCAAAAGCAGUGAGGGUCAUGUCUGUGCCACAGGGCUGAGGGAUUAAACCCAAUUCUCUGCUCCAAUCUGAUGGAAAUGCUUUCAGAGAGAGAUGCACCUGCUGAUUAAUGAAGGAUUGUCAGUAAUUUUUCAAAAGCAAAAUGAAGUUCCAAAGAAAGCUCAGGAGUGAAUGAGCAUCACUUGGCUCCACGGCAGGGAUUAAAGGGGUUUGGUGGGAUUGUCUCCAUUCCUUCCAGCUUCACCCCAGGGUUUAAACAAGGGGAAAGGAAAUAUGGGGAAAGGAAAUAUGAAAUCUUUUCAGACUAAAAGGGAAUCUCUCAAACUGGGAAAUGCCAAUGUGUGUCUUCAUGAAGCUUAUUUUAUUCUGACCACACUGGUACCUCUUGAUUUGGUAAACAGCCCGUGGAAAUACAGGUGGAGCAGAAGCAAUGUCCCUUCCCUGGAAGGUGAAUCCAGCUGUAACAGGAAAACAUAAAACAUUCCUGCUGUGUCCCAGCUCCUGCUUUCGGGUUGGGUAUUUGUCUGGGGUGUUGGCACAGCCCAGGUUCCCUCCCAGCCUUGUUCUUCCCUCCACAGCAUCUCUGCACCCAUGAAUGUGCCAAACUCUUGGGGACAGGGAUUGCAAUCCUGAAUUCCUUGGCUCACAAUGCAACUUUGCACUUUUCCCACCCCAAUGCUGAAGGAGCCAGCACCAUAAAGCUGCUUCAUUGGCGAUGAACCUCAAAGAGCAGGGGGUCACACACACCCACAUCCAUCCAGAAUGACUCUGCUGGCAUCACUCAGGCACUAAACUGCUGUAAUAAGGGAAAGAUUCAAGUCCCAGAUUGGCACAUGGAGUCAGAUGUCCCAAAACGUGGAUUUCAACUCAUUUCCUUUCAGUCAGUCAACUUUUCACCCUCUCUCCAAACCCAGUAUUUGCAGAGCAGUCUGAUGAGGUAGCAUUGCAGUGACUGACCUUCUUAUUGCCCCUGGAGACUUGUGCAGCCGUAAACCAUGGCUUUUAAUCAGGAGGUUUUUGGGACCACAGACAAUCUUUUCCACCUCUUCCUGAGUGUCCUAACUUGCAUGAUGUUGUGCUACAUCCUGAAGAGCGCUGGGUUCGAAACUCUGGUUAUUUCUAGAAUACUGCGAAAUCCCAGGGGAGAAAACAAACUUUGGGACUGGAGACGACGGGUCUGUAAGGAAAGUAAUGCCCUCUUGUGUUCUGAGGGCCACACCCUGAGGACACACAUGUCGGCAGCACCAGAGCACCAGUGUUUUAUACCCAAGUUUUGUGGAUAUUGUACAUUUGUACACAGAGGAAAUCUGAAGAGCACAUUAAAAAUAAAAAUUACAAAAAACCACUAUACCCCCCCCACAUUUUUGAUACUCAGAUGAUGAUGAUGAUGAUGAUAAAUCAAGUUCGAAAUUGCAUUUUUGAACUCAAAAGUGCAUUUUUCAGAGCGUGUUUCAAACACCUCCAGCUGUGGGUCAGCAGCUGGUGCCAACUGACCCUUUGCACUCAAGCUGUAAACACCUCUGCUCUGCCCUCCUGUAAAUAGGCUUUGACAGCAGAGGGUGAUGGACACUGGCUGUGAGCAGAGAAUCUCUGUCUCUGUGGACUUUUCUGCACCAGGUGCUUGUGAUGUCUCCUUCAUGCCAGCGAGAACGGGCCUGCUUGCUCAGCACAGGUGAAAUCUCUGCCUUGUUCCAUGGCCUUUUGCCUGAUGUUAUUUAUUUUUGGUCUGACUCUGUACAUCUGCAAUGAAGUGGCUAUUUUUCUUUUUUUUUCCUUUGUAUUUGGUUCACCUCCUUGCUUCAGAGGGGGUUCUUCUCUGUGGUUGACACUGCUGAAAACAAGCAAUAAAACCAUCGUGAAGACA